AUGUGCCGCUUUCUUAUUUACAAGGGACGCAAUGAGAUUCGUCUCAGCAAGUUGGUUACAGAGCCCAGUCAUUCUAUCCUGACUCAAUCCUACGAUUCACGGUUAAGAUUGGACAAUCGUCGCCCAGUAAACGGCGAUGGCUUCGGCGUGGGCUUCUACACCGACCCCGCACUCGGCCCAGAGCCAUGCAUCUUCACAUCCACAAUCCCAGCCUGGAACUGCGAGAACCUAGAACGUCUCGCCUCAAAAACAUGCUCAAGCCUCAUCUUCGCGCACGUCCGCGCCACAACCGAAGGAACUCUCGCAGAAAACAACUGCCACCCAUUCCAGCACCAGUCGCUAAUGUGGAUGCACAAUGGCGGCAUCGGCGGAUGGAACUACAUCAAGCGCGCGCUGGCAUCCUCGCUUGGCGAUAAGUGGUUCCUGGGCGUGAAGGGCGGCACUGAUAGCGAGUGGUCGUUUGCGCUGUUCCUUCAUCUGUUGGAAGAGGAGGGUGUGGAUCCGAGCUCGGAUCCUGGGCCUGAGGGCUUUGGGCAGGCAUUGCUGCGUAAGGUUAUGAUGAAGACCAUUGCGCGGAUUAACGAGUUUGCGCGUGCAAUCCCUGAGAAACAUAAUGUUCAUGAUGUGGACACGCGGGCUUUGCUCAAUUUUGCGGUAACGGAUGGUCAUACAGUUGUUUGCACGAGGUAUAUUAGCAGUAAGACUGAUGAGCCGGCGAGUUUGUAUUUCUCGUCGGGGACGAAGUGGAAGGAGGGGAAGACGAAGGGUCAUUACAAGAUGGAGCGUCAUGAUAAGGGUGCUGAUAUUGUCUUGGUGGCUAGUGAGCCGAUCACUUUCGAGAGACACAAUUGGGUCUCAGUCCCUACCAACUCGGUGGUCACGAUCCACAAACAGACUGUUCUCCUCCAUCCCAUCUUGGACGAAUUCUAUAGCGAGGAUCUAAAUCAUGACCGAUCUUCUUGCUACGCUUCCUCCAAGGGCCUUGUCAGUGCUGCGCCUGGCACCACAGUUCCACCGCCAAACAACAAUGAAAACUGUGCGCCAUCGGCGUCUCAUGCUACUCGUGCUGCCGAAUGCGCUGUAUAG